AUGAAAUUCACAUUUGAAAAUUUGUUCUCAAACAAACAAAAUAAAUAUCUUUUUAGUGCUUUUGGAAUAUUAGCACUCUAUGGUCUAACAAACUUUGUUACCUAAUAUAGAAUUUAGAGAAAAUAUGAUAAAUUAUGUUAAAAAAGAAGAGAUGAACUCAAAAGGUCUAUUUAAGAAUUUAAAUAAUCCUAUGAUUUAUCUACAGGUUUAAGUGCACAAUUAGAAAAAGAGAUCCUAAAUUACACUAUUGCUGAUAUUAAAAAAAUUCUGUUUGAAAAAAAGGUCACAGUUAAACAAGUUUUGUUAGUAUUUAUUAAUAGAACAUUGUCUGUAGCAACUUCAGAAAACUUGAAUUUAAUAACAGAUAUCAACUUCAUUGAAGCAAUUUAAGAGGCUGAGUAUAUUUAUAGAGUAUUUAACUAGGAAACAAGAUUAAGAAAUCUAUUCAGAUCCUCAAAUUAUCUAUUAAUAUGAUCUUUUCGGAAUACCUGUAUCAGUUAAAGACACUUACAUUCAUAAAGGAUUUGAUAAUACAUAUGGAUUAGUUUCAAGAUUAUAUAAGCCAGCUACUUAUGAUGGAAUCUAAGUGUCUAUGAUCAAAAAAGCUAGAGGUAUAAUUUUUGUAAGAAGUAAUUUACCUCAAUUGGCAAUGACUUUUGAAUCUACUAAUAGAAUAUUUGGUAGGUCUCUUAAUCCUUGGAAUAAGGAUAGAGCAGUAGGAGGAUCUUCAGGAGGAGAAGCUGCCUUAUAAGCUGCUAGAUGUAGCGUUAUUGGUAUAGGUUCUGAUAUUGGUGGAAGUAUAAGAAUACCAGCUGCAUUUUGUGGAGUUUAUGGUUUUAAGCCAGGUAUGAGUAGAUAAACAGAAAUUGGAGAAGGUGUUAUUGAAAAAGCAGCUAAUGGAAUGGUUAAUAUAAGACCAUCAAAGGGUCCUUUAGGUCGUAGUGUAGAUGAUCUAAUAGUUAUGUUAGGAGUCUUAUUUAAUUCUAAGAAUUAUUCAGAAUUACCAUUGCCAAUUUAAGAUCCUUAUUGGAAACCUCAAGAUCUUAAUUUAACUUAAAUUUCUAAAAAGGAUAAACUGAAAAUUGGAUAUAUUGAGUAAUUUAAUGAUCUAUUACCACCUAAUUGUAUGAAAAGAGCUGUUUAAGAAGCUUGUUAAGCUUUGAUUAGCAAAGGACAUGAAAUUGUUUAAAUAAAUUUAGACUAAGAACUAGAACAUGAAUUAGCUGUUGCAUUUCCAAGGUUAGUUGCAGCAGAGGGAGGAUUUAAGUCUUUUGGAGAAAAUUUAAAAGGUGAAAAAAUCAUUGAAGAAUAUGAAUUAAUGGAGGCAGGAACAAAAAUACCAUUAUUUUUAUAAACUUACAUUUUAGCACCUUUAUUAAAGAUAUUAGGAUAAAAAACUUUAUAUGUAAUGAGUAAAUAAACUCAUGGCUUAGAUGUUUAUUAAUAUUUAGUAAAUUCAGGAAAACAAAAGAGAAUGAAUCUUUAAUUUUUAUAAUAUUUGAAAUAAAACCAAAUUGAUGCUGUAAUUGUACCUGGAUUUGGUUGUCCAGCAGUUAAGCAUGGAGCAUCCAAGGAAUUACCUUUAGCAGCGUAUGUCUUUAGUAUUUAUAUUAAUAGAUUAUAUACAUGGAUGUGGAAUACAGCUGAUCUUCCAGCUGGAAGCAUGCCAAUAACAAGAGUUUAAGGUGGAAACGAUUUAAAAAUUGAAGGAAAAGAAAGAACUAUUGAUAUAGUUUAUAUUUUGAUGAAUCGAAAUAUGUAAAAUGCUGAAGGAUUACCUGUUAAUGUUCAAGUCAUUUCAUAUCCUCAUUAGGAGGAAAUGGUGCUUAGAGUAAUGAAAGAGAUUGAAGGAGUUGUUAAAUUUAAUGAGAAACAUCCUUAUCCAUAUUGA